ACCGUUCCGAUCUGUUGAUGUUUAACGUCCAAAAAAGAAACAAAGAUGGCGGACUCUGUAGUGGUAGCUCCUGUGUAUUUAGCAAUUGGUAACAUUCCUGUUGCCUUUCACUCCGCGGACCUGAGAAAUUAUUUCAGUCAGUUUAUAGAGAGCGGAGGUUUUCAGUGUUUUCACUAUCGACAUCGACCGGAGCUUCUCAGGGAGUCCGAGGGGUCCGAAAACCCCAAAAAACCCAAAAACCCCAUGUGUGGAGAAGGUGAAGAGGGCAAAGAAAUCAGCUCCGUUGCAAAAAACAGCGCCGUGACAGAAAACAGCUCCGUGACAGAUAACAGCGCCGUGACAGAAAACAGCGCCGUGACAGAAAACAGCGCCGUGACAGAAAACAGCUCCGUGAAGAAGCAGACGGUGAAGUCCUGCUGCUGUAUAGUCUCACUUCAUGCGAAAGAUGCCGACAGAUUGAUCAAGAUGUAUGCGGGGAAUCACUGGAUUAACUCCAAGGGGGACUGGCUGGCUAGACGCUGUGUUGUUAAAAGAGUAAAGGUUUCACACGACAAAGAUGAUGGCUCAUUCCCCUAUAAAUCGAAGCACGAGCAGCGCCAUCGAGUGUCCUUAACAGAGCGUUUCACAGAAGCUGACCUCAAGAGUUUAUCCGAGCUGAAUCCACCAGCUCUGAUGCAGAAUGGCAAUGUGGGCACACCGGUGAAAGUCUUCCUCCAGCUCAUCCAGUCCUGCAGACUGCCUCCGAGACUUAUCCGGAAGUUGGGCCUCACUUUCCCCAAGACUGGCUCCAACCGCCGGUACGGCAAUGUACCUUUCCAGUAUAAGGACAGUUGGACACUUCCAGCCACAGAGGAGACUAUAUUCACAGCUGAUGGACAUGAAAUCUCAGGACCAGGAACUUAUACUGCUCCAUACCUAGGACGGAGGCUGCUGGCUGAUCGCACACAAACAACAGAGACUGACGAGCCACAGGAAGAAGAAGAGGAUGCACAUUCAAAUGCAGAUGAUGAUGAUGACUGGUGUGAGGAGUGGGAACGCCAUGAAGCUUUGCAUGAGGAUGUCACGAGCCAGGAGCGAAGCAAAGAGAGGCUGUUUGAGGAGAGGAUCGAGCUGAAGUGGGAGAAGGGCGGCUCAGGCCUGGUUUUCUACACUGACGCCCAGUUCUGGCAGGAGGAAGAAGGAGAUUUUGAUGAACAAACGACAGAUGACUGGGAUGUCGACAUGAGUGUGUACUAUGAUAAAGAUGGAGGUGACAUGGAUGCCCGUGACUAUGUCCGGAUGAGGUAUGAAAAAAGGCUGAGGGAGGGUCUUGAAGAAAGAUCUGGAGAGAGUCAAUCCAUUGGCAGCUUUGAGAAGUACACUAGGGGCUUUGGCCGUCGUUUGAUGGAAAAACAAGGCUGGAAGGAUGGUGAUGGGUUGGGAAACAGUCAGAUUGGGAUUCCUGACGCUCUUGAGAGUGACGGACAACAUCCCUAUUGUAAAAGGGGCUUUGGGUAUCAUGGAGAGAAAUUGUUCUUGAAUCCCGUAAAAAAGGCCAAAACAGAUCUUCAUAUAAGUACAGUCUAUGACAAACCUAAAAACAUUGAUGGAGGCGACACCUUGCUGAGACGUCAACCAAUCACUAGUAUGAAGUACAGAGGCUGGCAGCCAGGUGGCAUCAUUGGACCCCGAAGAUGACAACUUUUUUAUUUUUCUAUAGAUUUUUUUACCUAUUUACUUGUCUGACUGUUUUAUUAAAACAUUUUUCAAACCUUUCA